AUGCUGCCCUCCUGGGUACCGGGUACUGCCGCCGGGAUUGUCUCCUUGCACCUCAUCCAGAAACUCCUCUUCCCCUACUUUUGGGCUGACCUGGGGUACCUGCUGAAAGUACUGAUGUAUGGACUGAGAGUGGAAAUGUACCAGCUGCAAGGGAAGAUUGUCACUGUCUUGGACAAGUUUGUGAAGCUGGCUGAGAAGCAGCCCCACAAGCCAUUCCUCAUCUACGAAGGGAAGGUGUACACCUACCGGGAUGUGGACAGGAGGAGUAACAGAAUAGCACAGGUCUUCCUGCACCACGGGACUCUGAAGAAGGGUGACACGGUGGCAAUGCUGAUGGGCAACGAACCCGACUUCAUCCACGUGUGGUUCGGGCUGGCCAAGCUGGGCUGCGUGGUGGCUUUCCUCAACUUCAAUGUCCGCUCCAGAUCUCUUCUACAUUGUGUCGUCAGCUGUGAGCCCAAGAUACUCAUUGUGGGAGCAGAUUUGCUUGGGACACUGGAGGAAAUUCUUCCUAACCUCCAAGAAGGUGUUGGUGUUUGGAUAAUGGCCAAAGACUCCACUUUUCCAAGCGUGCAUACCCUUUUAGACAAAAUAGAGGCUGCUUCUGAAGACCCUGUUCCAGUUACUCGACGCUGUGCCAGCACCCUCAAGUCAUCUGUUUUAUAUAUAUUUACUUCAGGAACAACAGGUCUUCCGAAGGCCGCAGUCAUCAGUCACAUGCAGGUUCUUAAAGGAGCUGCUGGACUGUGGGCUUUUGGUGCUACUGCAGAAGAUAUCAUUUAUAUUACUCUGCCUCUUUAUCACAGUGCAGCGUCUCUUCUUGGUGUCGGUGGAUGCAUUGAAUUGGGUGCAACCUGUGUGUUAAAAAAGAAGUUCUCAGCUAGUCAGUUUUGGAGUGACUGCAAAAAGUACAAUGUGACUGUCAUCCAGUACAUUGGAGAACUUUGCCGUUACCUUUGCAGCCAGCCAGUG